AUGCAACUCAUCACUAUUCUCGCUCUCGCUGGCGUCUCGUCGGCUUCCGCCAGCCUCCAGGCCAGAUCCUAUGAGACCUUCGACAACCUCUUUGGACGCCAAACCCAGCUGUGCAAGCCAGUUACUGCUCCCUUCACCUGUGAGCGUUCUUGCGGAGCCGGAUAUACCGAGUGUAUCCGCUUCCCUACCUGCUAUAACCCCGGCCGGGGUGAUUCGUGCUGCUCCAACGGGAAAUACUGCCCCAAGGGUUUCUACUGCACCGACGGCGGCUGCUGCAAGGAUGGACAGACUCUCGAAGAAUGCGGUGCCACUGUCAGCUUGAGCGUCAUUCCUCCCCCAAGCACCAAGACUUCCGAGCCUGCACCACCAAGCUCGACUGCUGAACCUACCACCAGUGAGGCUCAGACGACCUCCUAUUCCGUGAGCUUGCCAAUUGCUACCGUCUCGACCACCUCAGCCUCCAAUGGCACUGCUACUGCCACCAGCCCUCCCAUCGUCACUGCUGGCGCUGGUAAGAACGCCGUUGCUGCUCUCGGUGCUCUGGGUGCUUUCGUUCUGGCCAUCUAA